CGCUUUCCCAGUGGCUUCGCGUCUGGGACACAAUUCGAUUUUUGAAUCUGUGAUUACCCUUACCCCGCUCACCAUUGGACAGAGUCCAUUGACUUGAAUGCUUAGGUGGUUUCUUCUUCAACCGCAAGCAAUGGGUAGACAGCUGUCAGACACAAGCCGCUUCCUGAACAUAGAGCAACCUCCACUAUUGUCCGAUCAUUGCCGCAAUAGUCGAUUGAUUCAGAUGAGCAUUGCAGCUCUCAGUAACCACCUUCGGGAAAUUCUGAACGAUCGCCGCGAUUCAACAAAAGAACCUUCCUCACUUCUAUACAAAGCACACCUCCAGGCCCUUGACAGUUGGCAUGCGGAACUGCCACUAUAUACAUGUCUGCAGACACCAAACAUGGAGGACUCACGAAUGGUCAACCCGGAGGCAGAUUAUCGACAAAAGACUGCAAUAUUGAAUGUCCAGUCUCUAUUUCUGGGAAUUGUCUGCGUCCUAUUGCAGCCCGCGUUGAUGGCCGUUUUACAAUGCAUGCAAUCUUCGAGCGAGGAUGAAUUAAUCGUGUACGCCCGCCGAUGCGUUUCAUCUGCAACUAUCUUGAUCCGGCUUUGUGAUGAAAUAAUGAGGUCCGGAUACCAGUUCUCAGCAUCCUGGAUUGCACAGCAUUUCAUCUUCAACGCAUGUCUAGUCUUGAUUGCCGACAUGAACAGAUCAAACUCCGCACUAGAAGAACCAAGUGAGCUCCGCAAGCCCACAAGCGACCAUUGUCCGUCUAUUCUGCCGAGCUGCUGGAAUCUCGGAUGCCAUGAAAGUUGACUUAGCCCCUAGUGCGAUAAGUCAUGUAAAUCUGGUGGAUCUGGGUUCUCACUAGUUUGUCUGCUUGUGUUCAAAGUUGACUUGAGGACAGUUGCUUGUACUUUUAAGGUGCAGUUUUUACAUUUCUCUUUACGUAGACGUCCUAAGGUUUGGUUUACAUUUUUUGGA